UGCUUAUCCACUCGCGCUCGCAGCAGAGCAAGCGGCCACGCGCUCCUCAGCUCGUCCUCCCCCAAACCUCUCCAAAGCCCCGCGGCUGCGGCACGCACCAUGAGCGCCUCCUCUUGCACCGCCUCACGAGAUGCCGCCUCCGCUAACUAAGCCCACGCCGAACCCUCCCCUCCCGCUCCUCGCCUCCCUCCCCUCGCCGCGCCCCCUCCCGCCCACCCGCCGCCGCCGCCGCCCCCCGGAGAAGUGGCCCCGCCGUCUCAGCUCGGCCGCCCCGCGCGCCGCCGUAUCGGCCGCAGCUUCCACCUCCUCCGCCGACUCGAGCGCGUCGCUGCUGGCGCUCUGCUCCCAUGGCCAGCUCGCGCAGGCGCUCUGGCUCCUCGAGUCCUCCGCGGAGCCGCCCGACGAGGACGCGUACGUCGCGCUGUUCCGCCUCUGCGAGUGGCGCCGCGCGGUGGAGCCCGGGAUGCGCUCGUGCGCGCACGCGGACGAGCACCACGCGUGGUUCGGCCUCCGCCUCGGGAACGCCAUGCUCAGCAUGCUUGUCAGGUUCGGGGAGAUGUGGCACGCGUGGAAGGUGUUCGCCAAAAUGCCCGAGCGGGACGUCUUCUCCUGGAACGUCAUGGUGGGCGGGUACGGGAAGGGAGGCUUCCUACAGGAGGCGCUGGAUUUGUACUAUAGGAUGAUGUGGGCCGGUGUGAGGCCUGAUGUCUACACGUUCCCCUGCGUGCUGCGGAGUUGCGGAGGCGUACCUGACUGGAGAAUGGGGAGGGAGGUGCACGCGCAUGUUCUUCGGUUUGGGUUUGGAGACGAGGUCGACGUCUUAAAUGCGCUCAUGACCAUGUAUGCCAAAUGUGGGGAUGUUGUGGCUGCUCGGAAGGUGUUUGACAGUAUGACCGUGAUGGACUGUAUCUCAUGGAAUGCGAUGAUUGCUGGACAUUUUGAGAAUGAUGAGUGCAGCGCGGGGUUGGAGUUGUUUCUUACCAUGCUGGAGGAUGAGGUGCAGCCUAACCUCAUGACGAUAACCAGUGUGACUGUUGCAUCAGGGUUGUUGUCUGACAUAGGUUUUGCAAAGGAAAUGCAUGGGCUUGCAGUAAAGAGGGGUUUUUCCAUUGAUGUUGCAUCCUGCAACUCUUUGAUUCAAAUGUAUGCGAGUCUUGGAAUGAUGGGGCAGGCUAGAACAGUAUUCUCAAGAAUGGAUACUAAAGAUGCCAUGUCAUGGACAGCCAUGAUAUCUGGGUAUGAGAAAAAUGGCUUCCCGGAUAAAGCUCUUGAAGUGUAUGCACUGAUGGAAGUGAACAAUGUAAGUCCUGAUGAUAUUACUAUCGCUAGUGCCCUUGCUGCCUGUGCAUGCUUGGGGCGCUUGGAUGUUGGCAUCAAGUUGCAUGAGCUUGCUGAGAGCAAGGGAUUCAUAAGUUACAUCGUAGUUGCUAACGCACUCCUUGAAAUGUAUGCAAAGUCCAAGCACAUUGAUAAGGCUAUUGAAGUUUUUAGGUGCAUGCCUGAGAAGGAUGUAGUAUCAUGGAGUUCAAUGAUCGCGGGAUUUUGCUUCAACCAUAAAAACUUUGAGGCUCUUUACUAUUUCCGGCAUAUGAUGGCAUAUAUAAAACCCAAUUCUGUCACUUUUAUUGCCGCUCUUGCUGCUUGUGCUGCUACUGGGGCUUUGAGGAGUGGUAAGGAGAUCCAUGCACAUGUUUUAAGGUGUGGUAUUGGAUCUGAAGGUUAUUUACCCAAUGCCCUUAUAGACUUGUAUGUAAAAUGUGGCCAGACAGGCUAUGCUUGGGCACAGUUUUGUGUCAAUGGUGGAAAGGACGUUGUGUCUUGGAAUAUCAUGCUUGCUGGUUUUGUUGCUCAUGGGAGCAUGGAUACUGCUUUUUCGUUCUUCAAUCAAAUGGUGAAAGUUGGAGAGCGUCCAGAUGAAGUUACAUUUAUUGCUCUAUUAUGUGCUUGUAGUAGGAGUGGAAUGGUUAGUGAAGGCUGGGAGCUUUUUCAUAGCAUGACUGAGAAAUACUCUAUUGUUCCAAAUCUCAAGCAUUAUGCAUGCAUGGUGGAUCUACUAAGUCGUGUUGGUAGACUGACUGAAGCUUACAGCUUCAUAAAUGAAAUGCCUAUCACACCAGAUGCUGCUGUUUGGGGAGCCUUGUUAAAUGGAUGUCGGAUACACCGACAUGUUGAACUUGGGGAGCUUGCUGCAAAAAUUAUUCUUGAGUUGGAGCCUAAUGAUGCCGGAUAUCAUGUUCUUUUGUGUGAUCUAUAUGCUGAUGCUGGUAGAUGGGAUCAAUUGGCAAGAGUGAGGAAAACCAUGCGGGAGAAAGGAUUGGAUCAAGACUCUGGAUGUAGUUGGGUUGAGGUUAAAGGAGUAGUCCAUGCAUUUCUUUCAGAUGAUGAAUCACAUCCACAGAUCAGAGAAAUAAAUGCUGUUCUACACGGCAUAUAUGAGCGGAUGAAAGCAUCUGGUUUUGCUCCUGUUGAAUCUCAUUCUUCAGAAGAUAAAGAAGUAUCCAAGGACGACAUCUUUUGUGGUCACAGUGAAAGACAAGCUGUUGCUUUCGGUUUGAUCAAUACCACACCUGGCACCUCAAUUUCCGUCACAAAGAACCAGUACACUUGCCAGAGCUGUCACAGAAUAUUGAAGAUGAUUUCUAACAUUGUUCGAAGAGAGAUAACUGUUAGGGACAGUAAGCAAUUCCACCAUUUUAAGGAUGGAACUUGUUCAUGUGGAGAUGAAGGCUACGGAUGAGCUUGCAGAGGCUGGAUAUCUAGCUAUAUAGCAGUACCCUUGUGUUAUUAUUCAUCUCUAGUGCCGCAAGCACUGGUGUCACUCAGUAGCAAGUAGCAGGACAACUUGGAUACAGCUACAUGCGCAGCAGCAACACUACUUGGAUCAACAAAGCUUAUAUUUUGAGUUAUAUAUAACAGUUUCCUGUGGAUACUGUACUUGUUACAUGUCAAAAAAUGGUGCAAAUUAUACUCAGGUAUUGGGACUUUAGUUUCUGACAUAUCUUGACCCAAUAGAAAUCUCCUGAAGCAGUGAUUGUUCGAGCUGACCAACAACUUGCCGAAAGAAAUAUCAAACUUGAGCUGUAGAGGAUAGUAUAGUUGGUUGAAUAAUGAUUUAUUGAAUAGCCAUAU